AUGGAGUCCCCGCCCCUUCCGCCCCUUCUUCCGCCUCCGGGCGUGGCCGAGGAACCCGGAGGGUACUCGGGCGAUGAGCCGGGAACUUCCGUUUUGCUAGGCCGUUUGCUUGAUACCUGUGCUGGGCCAGUGGAGCAGCCACCCCCUAUCCUUCACAUGACUUCAUUUUUGCUUUGCGAAACUCUGCAAAGUGAAAGAUUUUCUUGUUUGGAAGCUCACAUAACGACAUCUAAGAGCUCAAGAUUUACUGAUGAGACACAGAUUUUGAAGAUGUCAGAGAGACAUUCAAGUCAAGCUUGCACUGGCGCAGAAAAUGAGGUAGACUCUCCUACUGUCAAUUUCAAAUACUCCAGCUUCAGAGAUUUUUGUUCCACAUCUUCAUUUCAAGAUAGUGGCUAUAAUGAGUUGUUACAACCCUGCAACUUUGAUAAUACAGAUAAAGAAUUUUUUGGAAAGAAAGAAAAAGGCUUAACAUUAACCCAUGAACAUCCUGAAACUCCAAAUCUGGGUUUAACUCAUCCUUUAGAAUCACCAACUCAAAAAAAGAGACUUGUCUUUUCUAGGAAGGAACAUGAUAAAACCCCAGAACUCUGUGAAACCCCUAAAGUCAGUGGGAAAAAAAUUUUGCUGCGCAGAAGGUUGGACAUAUCUUUCUCUCUUCUAAAUGGGGACUUUGAUUCACAAGACAGUUCUCUAGAAAGUAGUAUAAACCAAGUUCUCAACUUAGAAAAAAAUAUUCCAAGUAGUGCUUCAAGUUUUCCAAGGCAAACCAGUUUUAGUCCUUUAGUUACUAGUACAUUGAAAACAGAAGAAGCCACUUCCAGCAGUCAAAUAUUGAGACUAAAUUUUUCUCAACAGAAGACUUCCACAGUUGAUGAUUCUAAAGAUGAUUGUAGCCUGUUUGAAGUCGAAUGUUUAUCUCCGAUUCGGGGCAAUAGUUUUACUGAAGACUCUAUCACAUGUGACCUUAGUGGUAGCAGUCUAUUUAUUAACAAUGAGAAUACAUAUCCCAAACUUCUGGGCUCCUCUGCUAGAGGCACACGUUGUGGAACAGAUGAGAACAUAUGUGUGACUCCAGUAAGUAAUCUUGUAGCAAACAUUAAAUUUAAUGCAAGUCAAAGGCUCUCUUCUUCAACUGAAGUGAGGGGCAAUAUUUCAACACCUGAAGACAGUGGUUUUAACUCACUUUGUUUGGAUAAAUCAGAAGAUUCCCUCUCUGACCAGGAAAGUUCUUUUCGAGAACUUCAGAAACAUAGGGGAACUGUCAAAGUGGGGGACACCAUAAAAAAGUCGGGGCAUCUUCGAAGGCUGAGAAGACUGUCCACCCUUCAAGAACAAAGCUCACAAUCUGAGACAGAAAAGGACUCAGACUCUGAAGCAACACCAGCAGCUGCUUCAGAUACCUUGGAGGAUCAGCUGAGCAAUGACAAUAAGAUCUUAAGCUUUAAGAAUUUAUCAAAGACCCCAGCCUUGCAGUUAGUGCACGAGCUCUUCAUGAGAAGCAAAAGAAAAAGAUUCCAGCAAAAUGUUGCACAUGAAUUCUUAGAAGACACGGAUGGGGGCCAGAUAGCUGUACUACAGUGUGUACUUGCAGGACUGAUUGGCAAGAAAAUGGGUAUAGAAAAGGUGGACAUCUUAACAGAAUUAAAAUACAGAAAUUUAAAGCAUAUUCUUGCUAUGGUUUUAGAUUCAUUGACUGCAGAAAGCCUAUGCAGUGUUUGGAAAGUGAGCAGAAAUUGGCGUGAAAUUAUUGUUCAAGAUAAAAAAGCAAAUCGGAGGAGGAAAUUUUAUAUCUCACAACUGAAAACAGAUUCUGCGGGGGCUAUAUUAAAUGUUGAGGAUGCUGCCACUCGGCUCCAUCUUAUAAAUCGAUCAGCUUUAAAAUCUGUACAAGCUCAGGCUAGGAUACCAGGUUUUCAGAAAGGAGAAGUUUCAACAUUUUCUCCUUGGGGAGAAGUUUUGACACCUAUAGCAAGCUCUUCUGUUACUCACUUAAGUAGUAAACAGGAAGAAUAUGUUAAGGUUGCCAAAACACUAUUUAUUGAUGAAGCAUUAAAACCUUGCCCCAGGUGCCAAUGCCCUGCUAAGUACCAGCCAUUUAAGAAAAGGGGACUGUGUAGCCGCACAGCCUGUGGUUUUGACUUUUGUGUGUUAUGUUUAUGUGCUUAUCAUGGGUCUGAAGAAUGUAAUAGAGGAGCAGCAAAGCCAAGAAAUAGAAAAGAUGCUCUUCCAGGAAGUGCCCAGAGUAAGCAGAAUUUAAGACGCCUUUAA